UCAUUGUUCGUGCCAGGAGUGACUUUCGGGGCCAAAUUCUCGCCGUUUGCCAACGACACCCACGCACCGCCACAGUCUCAUUAUUGUGGAUGGAGCUUGCUGCUAAGGAGGCUCUUGGUACCGGUAUAUGCUUGUCUAUUGCUAGUUGCUGUGGAACUGCAGGAUCGGACUAGCUAGUGAAAGAGCGUCUUCCACAGUUGCUACACCAACCUACCAGCCAGCUGCUCUAUAGCUAAAGGCUGCAAGAUCCUAGCUAGCCAGAGGUAGCUAGUGGGAGCUCAUAAGAAUGAUCCCAAUCCGGACGACCAAUCUGAGCCAGAGGCUGCACGAGGAGCUUGGCGAUGUUGCUAAUGCUAGGGAGGAUCAGUCAGUUUCAGUUUCCCCAUUUGACGAGAGAAUGGAAGACCAAGAAAACGAAGAAUUCUUUCGCUCUGUCCAGCCGCACCCAGUGAAUUCGCGUGGCUCUACCUUGGCUUCAGGAUCUAGCUAUAGUGGUGCUACUAGUAGUAGCCAACCAAUUGCAAGAGAACCGCAGCCGCUAAAGGUGGAGAGUGUCAAGAAGUACAAGGAGCAUGCAGCUGAGCUAGCUAAAGGGAAGCAGCAGCAACAGAAACAAACCAAGGAACAAGCUUUACAAGCCUGUGAAAGAGCCCCAAGACUCGUACCCGUGACUGAAACUGGGGAUGAUGCCAAGCACAAGCCCUCCGUCUCCGUGCAAGCCCCAUCUAGUAGUGCUGGGAGGUCUCCAGAAGAACAUCGUGGUGAAAAGAGGUUGCAGGAGGAUAUUUAUAGCUUGAUCUAUACUGCCAACCUAUGCAGUCAAGCAUUUGCCUUUGCUUGUUUUGUAUUUGUGUUUCAAGAAACUCUCCUGCUGCUCAUUUUGUUCGAUGAAGUUGAUUUCUGGGAUGGAGAUGGCAACGUGUGGGAAAUUCCACCUGGUGUUCCUGUACGAGUCAAUGUGGCACAAGCCAUCAGCAUGAUACUCAUUUUGUCGUCCAUGCUGGGAGACUCGGGGGACUUACCCAAUGGUGUCAUCCGACUCGUCAAUGGAUAUCACGUCAAUGUUUUAGUCAAAAACCCUCAUGCCAGUUUUGGAAAGUGGUUUGUUGCAGGAGUCGUACAGGCGUCGGUCGGCUUGACCAUGACUGUGGUUCUCUUCUUUCUCGUUAUGCAGUCCACCACAGUCCUCGGUCUUACACUCAAUUUUGCGGCUCUCAGCUUUGUCAUGGACAUUGACAAUAUUACAUUUCAAAUGGGCAAGGAAGGAUUCCUUACACGAAACAUACAGAAAGCCUGUCAGCGGGUGGAACAUCAUUGGGUGCCAAACUGGAAUGCAAAGAGAACAAGAAUCUGCCAAAAUCUAAUGGUUGUCAUUUUGCUCGUCGCCCUUUUUGUGCCCUAUGGAUUUCUGGUAAAUGCACAGUGGAAUGCAAAAUACGUGUGCUCAAAAAUAUUCAUCCAAUUUAAGGAUGAGGGCAUUCCCUACUUGUCCUAUUACACCGGAAACUUCUACUUGUACCAGAUGGAGAACACCAUCUUUGGUGGAAUCAAAGCUCGAAUCGAUUCUCGGGUCUACUUUUUGGACGAGACAGAGACAUUGAAAUUGGCAUAUUGCAACAAGGAGCUCGCAUGGACUAUUUCCCUUGCAGAAGUUAACGAUCACUGCCUUUAUCUCUACAAAUCCACAUCUCCUACGACUACGUUUGACGUGACAACAAUCGGAUCCAUGCCGUGGGUAUCUUGGAGUUUUGAACAAAGACGAACCACUCCCGUAGACCUCUACCUUACUUGCAACGAUUGCGAUGAUGGCCCUCGUGGGAAUUGCCACGGUCACAAUGGGCAAUGCAUCGAAAACGAAUGCCGAUGUUACGAUAACAACACAGGAAUUGCUUGCGAACAGAUUUUGCCGGGGUGUGAACGGCUCCGGCUGGAUGCUCGGUUCAAUCGUUUUCCUUUCGAAGCAGGCGCCUCGUUUUCGGAUUUCUUUGAGAUACUCCGCUUUCCGGAGGAUGGAAAAAUCUUCCUGGCCAAUGAACGACCGGUUUACGUAUCUUAUUACUCUGUCGCUCCUGGCAACGCUACAGGACGCAGCAACCUCACUGACACUGGCACUGCCAGUAGUGAAUUGGAUGGUAGGGGUGUUGAUAUACUCUUUUUCAAUGGCAGGAGAUGGGUGAUACUUGCAAGGGACCAUCCACAUUUUAUCAAUAAACACAGCAAUCGGCAUCUCCGUGAGAUUGGCUCCGGGGAGGACAGUCGUCUUUAUUCGGUGUACGAAGGACAAGAAAACUACGACAACAAUAUGCAUCCUCGUGAACGUCGUCUGCACGAGGACGAUCCGCAUGAUGGCGCCAUGACGGUUGAGUAUGCAAUGAUGGACGUUUUCGGAACCGAAAACGAAUUUGACGAAAAGGUGCUUCCACUAGUGCUGAACUUGACGGAGUUAUUGGGGAUUACUUACGAACGACCAAUCGACGACGUGAAGAAGUAUUUCUACCGUCCCUACUUUUUCAGUGCUCCCGUUGAGCCGUUGACUGCCAACGACGUGCUUGACCCUGUCGGCUUGGACUGGUACCGUUCGUACCGCGCAUCGUCACAUCUCAUGUCGCAAUGGAGCCACGAUGGAUCACAAGCAUUGGGUACUGUCUUCUUGUGCGGUGAUUGUCAUUGGUGGAGCAACCGUUGCAUGAAUGCUGGCUUCUGCAACGAAACAACUAGUACUUGUGAGUGCGCCGAGUACUAUGGCGGAGCGCUUUGUGAACGGCCACUGACGUGCCAUGAGAAGGGCUCCUGCGAAAACGGCGGCACUUGCGAAGCCUGGAAAGACUACUGCACUUGCCCAGGUAAUUUCUUUGGCAGCUUGUGCCAGUACGACGGCUUGAAGAAUUUUGCAGAAAUCCCACCGGUACCAAAUUAAUGAAAGGUGGUUCAAUCUACAACUCGAGUAUCUUGCGAUGCUCACAUUCGAUUUGAGUCAAAAUGACGUGCCUUUUGAAUUUCGAGAACCAAAUCAUUCGAUCCGUACCUUACAUCAUGAUACCGGCAUGGCUUCGGAGUUGAUAUUUUGUUCCAUACACUACGCUAGCAGGAGGAACCGUAGCGUGGCCUUUCUUGGGGCAUUCAUUGACAAUUCAUGAACGAAGCUCUUAGGUGAAUCAGCCUGCAAACUUGCAACUGAUAAAUGUAUCAAUAGUCUGUACGUGAACAAUACAUGUGCUCGCUGCUUUCCUUUUGUUCUGCUUGUAGAAGUUUCCCCUUUCUGGAAAGCGUCAGAAGCAGGGACGAGCUCAACCGCUAGCUACUAGACAGAAUCAUACACGAGUCGCCGUGUGGCUACGCAUAUUUAUUAUAGAACCUAACAAGGACAAUCCACGUGCCAGACGUUGGCAGUCCUACCGGUACAUCUAGCUAGCUAGUAGAUAGUUAUUCAUUCUAUGCACAUCCUCUGGCAAGCGGAGUUUUGAAAUCUCUCAUGUGAUACCAGGCAUUGGCCCCAUAUUUGAUCCCUUUUAGGACGGGGAGUGCUUGAUGUACCGUGCGAGCGUCCAUGCUAUUGGGGGCUUCAUUGAGAACCGACGGCCAAAGCAAUGCUCGACCUCGUUUGGGCAUGACAGUGAGAUCCAUUUGUGGAAAAUUGGUACCGCCUCCUUCUUCCACAUCACUGAGGUAGAGAUACAUGGUAAGGAUACGGACUCCUUGCAUGCGACUUUUUUCUUCGAAUAUAUAAUCAAUGUGAGGUUUGUAGUAUUGUUGGGGUUCAUAUUUGAGAAUUUGCAAGUUUUCAGCGUGUUUG